UGCGGGCUCCUCCCUCGGUAGCCUCACUAGCACUGCCUGCGCCAAAACAAGGCUGUAGUAGUAAGCAAGUUUCACAUCUUCAUAUCCUUUUCAUUAUGCGUUCUCUUACUUUGUUUCCCUUUAAAUAAUUGUUGGUUGGGGUGACUGGUUUUUGUAAGAUAUUAUGUCUAACACGUGUUCGAUGAAUGGUCAAAAUGAAGUUCUAGCGCUUAUAGGUUGAGGCUGGAUUUGGGUUUGGGUCCUAAAGGUUGUUUUUAACUAUAUAUAUAAAGGACGGCUGAAUCAUAAUGGUGUACAAAUAUUUACAGAAGCUUGUCCAUGGUGCAAAGUGUUUAGAAACCAAGCAAAAUGGAGCUUUGUAUGUGAAGGUGAUGCUAUAUCACUGUUCAGAAGUAUCCCAUCAAGAGCCUUUACCUUGUGAUUGGUAUGAGAAGACAUUCCCAAAGAUAGCGAAAUUGAGCCACUUGUUGAGAAAUGUGGAUUGGGUUGAUGGGGGGCUGGUUGAUGUCAGUGAUAAUUCGAUUUUCUUUGAUGGCCAAAUUGAACAAAAAAUGAAAACUUUCAAGUCCCUGGCUAGGAUCUUUAUUGGGUCUCCUUCAGUUCAGCAAACGGUUCAAAAAAAUGUGACGGCCUUUUCGGCCGCGAGUACCAACUGCAGCCCGUUUGUUUGUUUCAGUUCACCGAGUGAAAGAGAGCCUAUGAUUGUGAAUUCACUUACCCAUGUGUCCAACUUUCUGAACAUUUCCGCACAGCAAAGAAAGCUGGUUCGUCACACGGUAUGCCCCCAGGUCACCCAACAGCGGAUAUGGACAGGUGCACUUGAGGAGAUCCUAAAUGGAUUGAAAUACGAGUUGGAUUUGUUAUCUUGUCGAUGCUCUAGCAAAGGGAUCAAAAUGGGUCAGCAGAUAGUUUCUAGCUGUCUAAAAUUCUUGGCUGACACAGCCAUUUCCUCUGACCAUGACUCCACUUCAUGGAUGCGGCUUGUGCCUGUAAAAGUUGUUGACUCGUCUGCUUCACAUAAGUGGGAAGAUGUUCUUGAGAUGUUCACUGACCUCAUUGAGUGUUUGAAAAGUGAAAGGGAAUUGUGUUUUCUUGUGGCGAAGCUUGAGAUCAUGAAAGAGGGAUUGUCUCAAAUCAGGGAUGUAUUGAUUGAUAAAAGUAUUGGAUACAAGGAAGCUCGACAUCAAGAAAGCCUAGUACACAAGAAGCUCUCUAAGACGUUGGGUUACUCAUCCAAGUGCUUGUUUACACUUCUAUUAUACUACCUCUAUGGACAAGUUAGAGAUAUUGAAGUGGAUCUAUGUGGUGGAAUUUAUAGCAUUGGUGAGAAUAGGUUUUGCUUAUGCAUGGGAAGAAUUUUGACUACAAAAGAGGAUAAGAGUGUCUGGAGUGGGGUGAGGCAGUUGGACAGGGCUCUUGGGCUUUUCAAGUUUGUGUGGGAAGCCGCAGGCAUGAAAGGAAUUCUGGAGCUCCAAGGCCAUUUAUGGUGUGUUGGGGCUGAAGGCAGAAUGCUUACAUAUAGAGGAAAUAUGUUCUUUGUACAUGGGAUCAGUGUUUGACCAAAAAGUACCUAAUCAAAGAAUGUUCAAAUUUGAAAGCUAUUUGAUGGUGAUUAUACACUACAUGCAAGUCACUUCCAGUACUAGCUACAGAGUAUUGCACAGGGUUUCCUCAUAUAAGGUUUCCGAAAAAGAAAUGGUACUGGGUUUCCUCAUAAUCUGCCCUCGGUCCUUACAGGAGGGAUGCUAAAGUUCUUUAAGGGGGAUGGAGCUCAAUCGUAGUCAUUGAUUUUUGGUGGAGGAAGAGUUGGUGUUGCAGCCUAUUGAUGAUAUUGACUGAAAAAAACCAAGCUUGUUUUGUGGUGCUAUAUAUGAUAUGAUACUAUUGUGCGGGGAAACAAAAACAAAAUCUUAACGGCAAAAUGUAUUUUAAAUGAAAUGGAGAGGAUCAUAUUCCAUCUUCCCCGAAUGGUCCAAAGCCGGAUUCUCAUACUGUACUUGAAAAAGGCUCCUCUGCUUGAUAGGUUGGUUCCAAACCUCAAAUCUUCAGAAGUGUUUCUUGCAGUAACGAAAAUGUACCAACUUUAAAAUUAAUGUCUUCUCAGCCUCAGGGGCCAGGGGUCUUUAA